GGAAGGGCCGCAGCCCACGGCCACGGCGCCGCUGCCAGCGCCUGCGCUCGCCUCCGCCGCGGCGGCGGCCUGGAGCCUUCACGGGGGGGGGGGGGGGGGGGCCGGCAGCUUCCUCGGGCCCGGCCUGCGCCGGCCGAUGAGGCAAUCGCAGGAAUUUUAUGAGACAGAAAAAAGCAACCUGAAAUCACGAACUUUCCCGGCUGGGAGCUAUUUUGGGCACUCGCUGCCUCCUUUAAAUAGGGCAACUCCGGCAGCCGGGUGAGCCCUGCCCCGCCAGCGGCCUCGGUUCCUCAGCACCGAGAUACUCCAGGUCCGGGACAAGCCCCUGAGCAGCAAUGAGCUGUCGCUCACGCAGUACGUGAAGCACGAGCAGGGCAUCGCAGAGCAGCGCCAGGGAAUGAACCUUUGCUCCGAGUACUGUAAUACGCUUUUUCCAUCCAUGCAGCUUCAGUCCGUCAUCUGGGCCACCAGCUGAUGAGAUGGCACAGAGCGCCGAGCUCCAGCCAAGCUUCAAGGACAUUUUUAAUAUUCUAUCCCAGAUCCCACAAGAUAAACUCCUUAGCCUCAAAUAUAAACUGAAGCACUUGAUAUUUGGGCCCAGCAGCAAAUUACUGCAAGCCAUGGUCCUGCUUACUCUGGGGCAAGAAACGGAUGCAAGAAUUUGUUUAGCUGCCUUGGGAGAUAACCGGGCAGCCCAGUAUGUCCAGCAGACCAAACUGGGUGCUGCAGGAGUGCAGGAAGAUGGGGAGGAUUUGCAGCCUCCCCAGCUGGAUGCAGAUGCCAGGGCACUUCUAGCACAGAUCUACGCAGUGCUGGCAGAAGAAAAACUGUGCAGUCAUGAAGCCAUGGACAAAGCCUGCCAGGCUGCCACCAAAGCCUGCAGUGCCAGCAAGGAAACUCAGGAGGGGACACUGAACAGCACCCCACCUGAGGACCAGGAAAAACAUGGCUCUGCUACUGGCACCGGCCCAGGCGACAAAUUUCAGACGCUGAGAUCUGAUGCGGGUGUAGGGCUUCCUCAGGCGGCCAGCCCAAACUACGUGGUGAGAAGUUCUCCCGUGCAGAUUGGAGGCAACUCAGACUUUUCAGGCCCACGGACCUUGUGCUCCUUGGGGAGUCCCUCCUUCCCCAGUCACUUUGAGAUCAGUGCGUCACCAACAGUUGUUUUUCACACCCAGCCUUCUUCCCACAAGUGUGUCCUCCAGCCCAGUCGGCUGUGCCAAGGGAGCACCAGCGGUGCUGGGCAGCCUGACGGGGACCGAGUGAGCCAUGGCCUGCAGGAAACAAGCUGGGCCAGCAGACCCAACUCUCCUCCCAGGCCGGACACAGGUACCCAAGUGCCUGGACCAGAGAAGGUUCUGCAGGUCAGUUCACAUCAUCCAUCUCUCCCUAUUCCCAAAACACAGCAGCCCACAGUGGGUACUGGAAGCCAACCUGUCAAAAAUAGUGAUGUUUCCAGCACAGUGGCAGCAGAACCUCAGGCACCAAGAGAAAACACAGACAAAAAGCAAGAUGAAAAGAAAUUACCCACAGGUCUUCCUGCCUCAGGAGCUACACUGGAUACUGCUCCUGCCCACAAGUCCAUGGAGGAUUCCUCUGUUCCAGCAAGCAUUCCUUCUAACUCUGCAUCUGCUUCCAUUUCAGCCUCUUCCCUUCCUCCUCCUCCCACCUAUCCCUUCUCCUCAACCCUUCCCUAUCUUUUGCAGGGAGCAACUUCCAAGUCAUCAUAUCCCCCUCCCCUCCACUCAUCCCCCUCUCCAGCCUGGCCACCUCCUCUCCAAAGUGUAGAACCAGCGCCCACAUCAGAGCCAGAUGGCGGAAAGUUCUUCACUUUUGUUGUCCUGCAUGCUAGUGAAGAUGAGAUUGUUGCCCAUCGGGUCAAGGACCGGCUGGAGAACAUGGGGGUUCCCAACGGUGCCACACUUUGUGAGGACUUCUUCAUUGCCGGACGCAGCCAUAUGACUUGCUUCCAGGAUGCUAUGGAAAACUCUGCUUUCAUCAUCCUUCUGCUGACCAAGAACUUCCCAUGCAACCUGUGUAUGUUUCAGACAAACACUGCUCUGAUGGAGUCCAUCCUGAAACCAUCCAAGCACGACUCAGUCAUCCCUUUUGUACCCAAGGAGAACCCUCUGGAGCGGAGCCAGAUCCCCAGCAUACUCGGCGGGCUGAUGCCCUUGGAUGAGAACUCUCCUGGGUUCUCCAGGACAGUGCAGAACACCUUUACCACCAGCAGGAUCAAUGAGAGGAAAGCCAUGUGGGACCUGAUGCAGAGAAGGAAACUACAGCUGUAUCGGCAACAGUACCAAACACUGCAGAACUUAACUGCCCUGCACCUUGGCUCCCUUUCCCAGCUGCCUCCAUCAGCAACUCGGCCGCAGCCACUGGAGCAACUACCCCAAGAGUGGUGCCCCCCUGCUUCGACUGUCCCUCCUGCCGCAUACCCACCUCCCCCUGCUGGUCACCCCACUGCUCAGAUGGGUCCCCUUCCUUUCCAACCACUUCAUCUCCCAUCGGGCCACUACAACAUGAUGCCAGGGGCCGGAGGCAACCCGUCCCUCAUCAUUCAACAUGCUCGAAUGGUUCAGAUUGGGGACCACAACAUGAUGCAGGUAGAAACUGUCACACCAGGUCCACAGGACAGUGAGGAAGAAACCAGGUAGAAUGCUGCAUCAGAGACACAGCAGGUCAGCCACAGCCAGAGACAUUCACACUUAGUUUCAAACCCUAGAUUAUAGUGAUUCUGCUGGGACUGGGACUAUUCUUAUUUCACUGUGGGUAAAAGAUGCCACUUUCCUGGAGCACAGGAGAAUACUAACUUCUUUUUUUUGUUGGACAAGAGACUGCAAUCUCCUGGGACCAUUUUCCUUGGGCUUUUCAAGUAACUUGAGAAAACUCUUUUCCUGAUUUUCUGAGGCUAUUGGAAAAUUUUAUAAAUAAAUCUUAAUUAAUUUA